AUGACUAAUACUCCUUAUCUGUGGGACAAGGUCAGGGUCUUUAAAAGUGCUAUUAGGUCGAACCACAAUAUGGUUAUUGUACGUCACGAAUAUCUGCUAAGGCUAAACGUAGCAGCAUUUAGAGAUGUUAGAGAACAUCGAAAAAUUCAAAUGGCUCAUCUGCUUGAGAGUCAUGAUUGGCGGGAGGUUUUUUCUGUCACUGAUUGUGAAUUGAAGUGUGAUGGGCUAUCUAACACCCUUUGGACCAUGUUUAAUGAGUGUUUCCCGCUGAUUUCUGUUCGUAUAUCCUCAAGAGAUCCUCCUUUCAUUUCACCAUUGGUUAAACAUCUUUUGAAAUUUAGGAAUAGGUUGCUAAGGAGAUCUAAACGGCUUCCUGUUGGCCUUGAGGACAGAAUCAACCAUCUUAUUAGGGAAAAUCAACGACAUGCUGUCAUGCAGGAUUCUUGUAUGUCUGGUAGGGGCUCGCGUGCCUGGUGGUCUACUGUCAAUACCAUCACUGGAAGAGGUACUGAGCCCAGUUGA